UUUCGUCCAUUUCAUUUUGUUGCGCGUGAAUCGUAACGGGACAACAUGGCGACGCAGACGGCCCGCUACUACAGUGAAGGCGGCAGAGCAACAAAACGCCAAAAAACGGAAAACGAGGGUGGAAUGGCGACCGAGGACUACGUUGACCCACACAAGACCCUUCCCUCUCUUGUGGUGCAUGUCCGAGGUUUAGUGGACGGAGUUUUGGAAGCAGACAUCGUUGAAGCCCUGCAAGAGUUUGGAACCAUCAGUUACGUUGUACUCAUGCCUAAGAAGCGUCAAGCCCUGGUUGAAUAUGAGGAUAUGAAUGGGUCUUGCAAUGCUGUUACUUAUGCCAACGACAACCAGAUCUACAUCGCCGGACAUCCUGCGUUUGUAAACUACUCUACCAGUCAGAAGAUAUCCCGGCCGGGUGACCCUGAUGAUUCCCGCAGUGUUAAUAAUGUUUUGCUAUUGACAAUCAUGAACCCCAUUUAUCCCAUUACCACGGAUGUUCUCUAUACUAUUUGCAACAACUGUGGUCCUGUUCAGAGAAUCGUCAUCUUUAGGAAGAAUGGUGUCCAGGCCAUGGUGGAAUUUGAUUCUGUUCAGAGCGCCCAAAGGGCCAAGGCCUCACUCAAUGGGGCUGAUAUAUACUCUGGCUGUUGCACACUAAAGAUCGAGUAUGCCAAGCCAACACGCCUUAAUGUGUUCAAGAAUGACCAGGACACAUGGGACUACACCAAUCCGAACCUGAGCAGCCAAGGCGCAGAUGCUGAUGGCAAUGGGGGCAAUCAAGAUAUGAAUGCCAACCCCAACAAGCGCCAGAGGCAGCCGGCUCUGCUGGGAGACCACCCUCCAGAGUAUGGAGGUUAUCACGGAUACCAAGAGGAGAGCUACGGCGGCCCCUAUGAAGGCCGACGGAUGGGGCCGCCCAUGGCUGGUCCAAGGCGUGGUGGAACCAGUCAGCGUUACGGCGGACAGUACGGCCCCCCUCCUCCGCCCCCUGGUGAAUAUGGCGCACAUGCAGACUCACCGGUGAUCAUGGUCUACGGCUUGGAUCCCUCAAAAAUAAACGCAGACAGGGUCUUCAACAUCUUCUGCCUGUAUGGAAAUGUGGAACGGGUGAAAUUCAUGAAGAGCAAGCCUGGAGCUGCUAUGGUGGAGAUGGGAGACUGCUAUGCUGUGGAUCGUGCCAUCUCACAUCUCAACAACAACUUCCUGUUCAAUCAGAAGCUCAACGUAUGUGUGUCUAAGCAGCAGGCCAUCAUGCCCGGUCAGUCCUAUGAGCUUGAAGACGGGAGCAGCAGCUUCAAAGACUUUCACGGGAGCAGAAAUAACCGUUUCACUUCUCCAGAGCAGGCGGCAAAGAACCGCAUUCAGCAUCCCAGCAACGUCCUACACUUUUUCAACGCAGCACCUGAGGCUUCACCAGAAACCUUCACCAGGAUCUGUGAAGAACUUGAUGUAAAGAGCCCUGCCAAUGUCAAACCUUUUGCAGCUAAAGGUUCCACAUCGGAGAGGAGCUCGUCAGGGCUUCUGGAGUGGGAGUCUGUUAAUGACGCCAUGGAAGCUCUUGCUAUGAUGAACCAUUACCAGAUGAAAAACCCCAAUGGCCCAUACCCAUAUACACUUAAGCUGUGCUUCUCCACUGCACAGCAUGCAAACUGAACAGCAUCUUGUCAUCAUCAUCAUCCCAGUCCCAGUGUCAGUGCUCACUCCAUCACUUCAUCUUCCUGCUACUUUAUCGUCCUUAAAGGCUCAUUUGUGUGAGUGGGUGUGCAGACGUGUUGAGUUAAUCUUAUGUUGAAUGAGCCGCAGCAUAAGCUGAGAGUAAAACUGACUGAACUCAUUGUUUUUAAUGGAAGAGAAGAGUUGAAAUGCUUUUGUACCAGUAUUGGGGUUUUGUUAACGGUGUUUAUUUUUAUUUUUAUUAUUGCUUACCAUGAUUGACUGUUAGUUCUGGACUCAGCACCUUAGUUUUAGAAAUGUCACCCUGUAAAGAAGACGGCAUUGUUUUUUUUUUUGUUUUUUUUGGAUUGUCAAAUUAAAAUAGUGAUAAUGGGUCUCCGUUAUUGCUUUUGCUAGGGAACAAUUGUGACUCGUUUUUUAAAAAUGUUUUACAGCAGUUUAAACUUUUUUUUUCUUUUUUUUUUUUUCCUUUCAAAAGCUGCCUGGAUGUCAUUGCCCAGUGUAUAUUUGGAAUUUGGAAAAUAAAAUGUAUUCAGUUUAAUAAA